AUUUUUCUUUAUAACUCAUUGAAACAGAUCUUUUUAAGCGACAAAUUGUACCUACCUGUCUGUAAGUAAACUGCAAUUUCUUUCCCACAGCAUAAAAUUCUAUUGAUAUACGUGGCAUAGUUUUUUUGCAAAGAACAAUAAAUAUUUAAUUCAGAACACCUGAUGGUUUUACAGUAAACUUUCCUUGAGCGCAAGACAAAUAGAAUUCUUAAGAAACUUACCCUUAAUUAUAAAGUAGACACAUUGAUAAAAAACGAUUUUAUUACAAGAUGAUCCAAGGACCUGUUGAAUUUUUAACUAAAACGCAAUGGAAAUAAGAUAUUGCAAGGUCUGUGUCUUUGAUGUUGUUCGUAAUGACUGCAAUUAUAUAAAAUAUAAAAAGUUGGUUGGAAAAUAUAAAAGCGAUCCUUUUUCCCGCGACCUGCUAGUGUGUUAAAAUGUCAAAUAAUGACGAAACGGAUUAUUUCAAAAUCCCUCUUAAAUUUUACAACUGGAGCGGUGUUCGCAUAACCAGUAAAAAAAUUCCGAAAAUUAUCUCGGUGUAUAUCCUUUACCCCAUGAUGAUUGUUUUGUACGGUUUAAUGAUUAUUAACAUACGCUUCAAUAUUGACAGUCUUGCUAAAUUUAUAGAAGUCGGCAUUUCGGUCUCUACUAUGACCAUUAUAGCUUUGCGGAAAACCUUGCUGAUUAAAAACGGCUCAGUGUACGAGGAUCUCCUAGAAACCCAAAAAUUAUACUGGGCGUAUAAUCGGUUUGGACAAGCCUUUGAGUCCACACAGCGAAAAAGGAUGUACUUUUGCUUACUGGUCACGAAAUUUAUUAUUGGUUACUCGUGUGUGUCGUUAUCUUAUCACUCCAUUAUUGCACCGAUAAUUAUGCACGAGAUGAUUUUACCGCAACCGUGCUGGAAUCCGGGAAAUACCACAAUUGGUCGCAACAUAAUUUUUUUUGUUGAAAACAUUUUUUACAUAGAAGGUACAAGUAAUUUUGUCAUUUUUGACUGUCUCUAUUUUUUAUUGGCUACAAAUCUACGAAUACAGUUCGCACUUUUACGAAAAGAACUCAAUUCGAUUGAUUUUAAGGAAGACAGUGAGGAGAAAUGUUUCGCAAGGUUGGUAAAAUGCUCGCAAUACCACAAACUCUUAUUGAGUGUACAUAGGAAAAUCAACACAAUUUAUUCUGCGUUUUUUCUCCUAACUUACGUUUUUACUAUUACGUCGACCUGCACUCUGAUGUUUGUUGUCUUUUAUAUGGAAGCUGAUGCUGCAUUACUUGGCAAAAGCAUUUUUAUCGUAAUUAUUUUGAACACUUUACUUGUGAUGACGUUUAUUCCAGCUGGAGAAUUAGAAAUUGAAGGUGAAAAAUUAGCUAUGGAUAUUUAUUUUAUGAAUUGGUAUGAAACGAGUAGUUUGAAGAUUCGUAAAUUUAUUCUCUUCUGGCUAAUGCGAGCACAGAUUCCUCUUCAAAUGACUGGGGGUGGAAUGUUGGUAGUAAAUAGACCUCUAGUACUUCAGGCUGAACGUGUUUCCUACUCCUUGGCAUCAUUCUUGGCAAAUCUAUAAAUUUGGCUUGUUAGCAGCUUUUAAAUUUUCACCGCGAUGUUGUUUUAAUCUUGUUACACAGUUAACGCCACUCAAAUCUUUUUUUUAAUCAAGCAAAUUACAAAAAACGCAGCAAUAUUGUUUUUUUCAAGCGAUUUUUUUAGUUUUAGUCUAUUAUGUAGAAAAUACACGUUUUCU